AUGGCAAUUCGGUUUUACGCACCCUUCCACCACCGUCUCUUGCUCUGGACCUGCCCGUCUGAAUGCGAUUAUACAUGCCAACAUGUCGUGACCGACCGCCGCGUUUCGCGGGAUCCCCCCAUGAUCAAACCGAUCCUGCAGUUCCACGGGAAAUGGCCCUUCCGCAGACUCCUGGGCAUGCAGGAGCCCUUCUCGGUGCUGUUUUCCUUCCUCAACUUUGCCGCCCACUGGAACGGCAUGUCUCGCAUCCAGGAGUCGAUCCCCGCCUGGCAUUCCCUCCGUCCGUACUAUAUGCUCUUCGGAUACAUUGGCCUGGCGAGUUGGAGUUUCAGCAUGCUCUUUCACACCCGGGACUUCGCAUUGACGGAGAAGCUGGACUAUUUCGCCGCCGGGGCGAACGUGCUCUACGGCCUGUACCUGUCCGUCAUCCGCGUGUUUCGACUCGACCAGGAUGGCUCGCGGUAUCGCCCUACCCUGCGGCGCUUUUGGACGGCCAUCUGCGCGCUGCUUUAUACGCUCCAUGUCUGCUACCUCAGCUUCUGGUCGUGGGACUACACGUAUAACAUGGCGGCGAAUGUGGCCGUUGGGAUUGUGUCCAACCUGAUCUGGACCGGGUUCAGUAUUGUCCGGUACCAAAAGUACAUGAAGUCCUGGACCGCGUGGCCCGGUAUGAUUGUUGCGUGGAUCAUCUUGGCCAUGAGCCUGGAAUUGCUCGAUUUCGCGCCGUGGAAGGGGUUGAUUGAUGCGCACAGCCUAUGGCAUUUGGGGACGGUGGUCCCCACUGCUUGGUGGUACUCGUGA